AUGGAACCAUCAAUUAAUAACACCUCAAACCCGGAGCAACUUCGUCAAGCUUUAGCAGAUGUUACAAAUGACACAGAAAAUUCAAAUAAUCGGUCACAAAUCCGUAAUGAUGAAACCUUAUCAAACUCAAGUAGUACACUUUCACGAAGAUCAUUGAAUUCACAAACAACACGAGUCAACUCUCAAAGCAAUCCUCGUUCAUCACACCAUCCCUUCACACGCCGUACAUUCAUACCACGUUUACAACUCUCACACAAAAAGCAAACUCCUUGCAACCCUGGCUUAUAUCGACAACUGCAAAGAUUAGAAACAAAAGUAGAUAAAUUGGCUGAUAUCGUUAAAACAAUAACAAAUGAAAACUUGACAGUCUUGAAUACAAAUGUAAAAAGACGUUAUCCAAAGUUGAGAGAAUCUACGGUGGUGGUAAAUAAUAAAGAGAUGUAUGUCAUUGAUGGAACGCAUAUUUCGGCCGAAGAUUACGCCAAACUAGUUCAGGCACCAACCAUGCGGAAACGAGUUAAUCGAGUUAUAAAUAUUCUGUGGGAACCUGAGAAGCUCGUGAAAAUGUACAUGAAAACAGAUGUGAAGGAUCCUUUAAAAAUCGUGGUAACACCAGAAGAAAAAAAAAAGUUAGAGAUUUGUCUCUCUAUAUUAAAAAAAAGCGAGAGUUAAACAUUGCCAAAAAUGGCAAUGAUGAUAUAGAUAGAUUUUUGGACAAGUG